GCAGAUUUGCAGGCGCUAUGCAGCGCUUUCUUUCCUUGUGAUCGAGAUGCACAGGGCACUGGAAAGCCGCUGAAAGUGGACGUACCUUACGAAGUACUGUGGAAAGGCACUGCCGGAUGGUCUCGGUGUUUUUGUAAACGUUGCAAGCCUGAUCUGCAUGCCACAAGAGCAUUGUUCGUUAGAGCACCCUGCAUUCAAAGUUGCACGUCAUCUGCUUGUUGUUGCGGUGAUGCAUUUGGGCAAGGUGACUCUCUGGACUCAUAAACAUGCAGGGUGAUCCUGACUAAAGUGUGGAGUUGAGAAGGGAAAAUGCAAGUUGUCGGUAGUUGUUGAUGCAGCUGGGUGGCUGUCCAACUGGUGGUGAGGUUUCUCUGGAAGUGCCGCUUGAGGAGUCAAAGCGCCGACCCUUUCGAUACCCGCACUGGCAGCUCAGGGCAUGGCAACUGGAACGUGAGACAGAGGAUGUGACCCUUGUGGCACCUGCUGCAAUGUACAUAGCUCGUUUGCUUCCAUUCUGUGAAUAGCUCGAUAGAUCUCCUUCAAAGCAGCACCAAUGGCAGCUUCUGCAGCGCCUCUUCCCACAGCAGCUGUUUUGAGGGAACUACUAGGAGUGUAAAUCGCUCACACAGAGCUGUUGGCCCAUGGCUACAGCCAUGAAUGAGGAUGUGGUGAGAAUGGACGAAGACGAGCCGGCUUCUCCUAGGGGGGAGAACCCUUCCUCCGCUUUUCCUCCCCCCAGCCCGAGUGUCAGCCCCACCCGAAACCGGCUCAACCUCCCCCCGGGAAUGUCCAGAGAUACUCUCCAGCUAAAUGUAGACCGCCAGGGGCCCCCUUUAGAGCGGCGCGACUCCGCCCCGCUCCAAUCGAUCACGUCUCUUGUUUUCACCGUGCCAAACGCCAGCAACCCCACCGUCUCCCCUACGCGCGUCUCCUACAGUGACCGUUUCAUCCCCAGCCGCUCGGCAUCAGACCUCUCCAAAUUCGCGCUGAUUGACAAAUCCUCCAACGGUGUAACCCUCCUAGACAGCAGAGAAGACGGCGCGGCCGCGUACUCGUCUUUACUACGGGCAGAACUCUUGGGUGGGGAUAACGCGAGUAGCGGCAGCGGGGCGUCGAUCAAUGAGAAAGUGACAUCUGUAACAACGGGAGCGGCCCUGCCGAAAGGCUCGCCAAUCAGCCCCACUAAAAACCUGUUUCGCUUCAAGUCAGAUGCGUCGUCCAAAAGCGGGGGCAGUCGGCCGGAGUCGCCAUACUCGCUUUCUCCAGUGGGGUCCGAUAACUCGCUCACCGGAGCAUCGACGAGUCCCAGAAGAGUGCCCAGGAAGAUUGCGCGCUCUCCUUUCAAGGUCCUUGACGCCCCCUCUCUGCAAGACGACUUCUACCUCAACCUCGUAGACUGGUCCUCCCACAACGUUUUGGCAGUGGGGCUCGGAACCUGCGUCUACCUUUGGAGCGCCCACUCCAGUCAGGUAACAAAACUGUGCGACCUGGGCCCAAACGACAGCGUCUCCUCCGUGGGGUGGACGCAGCGGGGCACGUAUCUAGCGGUGGGGACAAAUCUGGGGGAGGUGCAAAUUUGGGAUGCCGCGCGGUGUAAAAAGGUUCGGACGAUGGGUGGGCAUCGCGUGCGGGUGGGCUGCCUCGCGUGGAGCUCGCACAUGCUCUCGAGCGGCAGCCGGGACCGGAACAUCCUGCAGCGGGACGUGCGCGCGCCCGACGAUUACGUCAGCAAGCUCAUCGGGCAUAAAUCGGAGGUGUGUGGGCUGAAAUGGUCGUACGACGACCGAGAGCUCGCAUCGGGGGGCAACGACAAUCAGCUGUGCGUCUGGAACACGUCGUCCACGUCCCCGAUCCUGAAAUACGGCGACCACAAAGCAGCGGUGAAAGCUAUUGCGUGGUCGCCCCACCAGCACGGGCUGCUCGCCUCGGGGGGGGGCACCGCGGACCGGUGCAUACGCUUCUGGAACACCGCAACGAACACGGCGCUCAGCUGUUUGGACACGGGGAGUCAGGUGUGCAACAUUGCGUGGUCCAAGAACGUGAACGAGAUCGUGACGUCCCACGGGUACAGCCAGAACCAGAUCGUGGUGUGGCGCUACCCCUCCAUGUCUAAGCUGGCCACGCUCACGGGGCACACCAUGCGGGUGCUGUACCUAGCAGUCUCGCCAGACGGCCAGACCAUUGUAACGGGGGCCGGCGACGAAACUCUUCGAUUUUGGAACGUGUUCCCGCCCCCCAAAACGAACUCGUCAGUACGGGACUCGUCGGUGUGGGCGAUGAGUCGAAGUCACAUAAGAUGAGC